GUAAGAUAUUUGGGUCUUUCAUACACACAGAAUUUUGUGUGAACAGAAUGCAUAGUGUUAAAGUAGUGCGCGUCUGUGCGCGCUCACGUGACGCACGCGGACGCGCAGCUGUGUGACUGCGCGCAGGAGGGACCCAAACCUCCCCAACACACUCGCUCAAAAACACACUCAUUCCCACUCAUCUGUGUGCGCGUUUCACCUCAGAUAUGCGGUUUAAAGCUCCGGAUCAACAGUGACCGACGCCAAUGAGCGCGAACGCGGAUCUGCUCUGCAAAUAAACAGGAUCUGUGCUGGAAAAGGGAUUUUUUGGGUUGAAAUAUUAGGGAGGUCUUUCUGAUGAACCUGGAGAAUUGCGGCGGGUUCCACGGCGCCAUCAGGCCACUGGACAUGGAGCCGAAGGUCAACAAGCUCGCGUUCGGCUUCCAGCGGAGCUCCACCUCGGAUGACGACUCUGGCUGCGCCUUGGAGGAGUACGCCUGGGUGCCGCCGGGACUUCGACCAGAGCAGGUCCAGCUGUACUUCUCCUGCCUACCUGAGGACAAAGUCCCUUAUGUGAACAGCCCCGGGGAGAAAUACCGCAUCAAACAGCUCCUGUACCAGCUCCCUCCUCAUGACAAUGAGGUGCGAUACUGCCAGUCUCUCAGCGAAGAAGAGAAGAAGGAGCUUCACAUGUUUAGCAUGCAGAGAAAGAAAGAGGCCCUCGGGCGAGGAACUCUGAAACUGCUGCCAAGGACAAUGCUUCAUGCGUCGUGUGAACACUGUGGAGAGAACAUCAGUGGAGGGGAGAUGGUGGUGUUUGCUUCACGUGCAGGACCUAGUCAGUGUUGGCACCCAGCGUGCUUCACAUGUUCCACAUGCAGUGAGCUCCUGGUUGAUCUCAUUUACUUCUACCAAGACGGGAAGGUCCACUGUGGACGGCAUCAUGCUGAAUUGCUAAAGCCACGCUGUUCCUCUUGUGAUGAGAUUAUUUUUGCGGACGAGUGCACAGAAGCUGAGGGUCGUCACUGGCAUAUGAAGCACUUUUCCUGCUUUGAAUGCGAGACUAUCCUGGGUGGUCAGCGGUACAUCAUGAAGGAUGGUCGGCCUUACUGCUGCGGUUGCUUUGAGUCUCUGUACGCGGAGUACUGUGAGGCCUGCGGUGAACACAUCGGGGUGGACCAUGCCCAAAUGACGUAUGAUGGCCUUCAUUGGCACGCCACAGAUGCUUGUUUUAGCUGUGCUCAGUGCAAGAGCUCCUUGCUCGGAUGUCCCUUUCUACCCAGACAAGGCAGGAUCUACUGUUCCAAGGCCUGCAGCAUUGGGGAGGACAUCCAUGCCUCGGAUUCUUCUGAUUCAGCCUUCCAAUCCGCAAGAUCUCGGGAAUCACGGCGCAGCGUGAAGAUGGGCAAAAGCAGUCGCUCUGCAGACCAGUGUCGACAGUCUCUUCUCUUUUCACCUGCAGGCAACUACAAGUUCCCCGGACUCUCAGGGAACGCUGAAGACACCUUGUCCAACAAGUUGUCACAGCUAAGCUUUGCAGACAACCACUUCUGGAGGAACAGGGAGGAGCAGGAAGCACCCGAGGACCAUGAGGAAUGGGCUGAGCACGAGGACUACAUGACCCAGCUCCUCCUCAAGUUUGGAGAACAUGGGAUGUUCCAGCAGCCAGACGACACCAGGCCGACUGACCUCUGGGCGACCGACUCUGAGGUCAAAAAAAAGACUGAGUCAAGGAUGCCAGGCAGUGGUGGGAAUGGCAAUCUGGCCAGUAAAAAAUACAAGGCAGACAUGUACUGGACACAGUCCCAGGAUGGACUAGGUGACUCUGCGUACGGAAGCCACCCUGGACCGGCAAGCAGCAGAAAGCUCCAGGAGCUCGAUUUGGAGCAUGGAGCCAGCUUUAAGCAUGAAGAUAAACAGUGGUAUAAUGACUCAUUGGAGUGCAUCACAGAUGAACUGAAGCAAGCAGAGCAGAACAUCAGAGACUCGAUGGACUCCUUGGCACUCUCCAACAUCACAGGUACUUCAGUUGAUGGGGAUAUUAAAGACAAACCAUUGCUCUACUCCUUACAAAAGUUCCCCGAGCUCGAACGCUGCGAGAACGCCAGCAACAUGGGGACACUGAAUUCAUCAAUGCUGCACAGGAGCACCAACUCCUUGAAGAGCCUCACCUCUGAGCUCGAGCGUGUGGAGGUUAUUGAGGAGGAGGAACAGGAGCAGGUGGUUCCGCUCCCAGAGGAGAGGCCCAAACCACCUCACUUACCUGUCCUAAGAAGGUCCAAGUCUCAGUCCAAACCACAGCAGGUGAAGUUCUCAGAUGAUGUUGUGGAUAACGGACGAUAUGAUGACCUGGAGGUGCGGCAGCAUCCCAUGAGCGAACGCACUCGGAGACGAGCGUAUCACUUUGACGAGCAAGACCAGCAGCGUCCUCGUCAUCACCACAGGAGAAGGAGGAGUCGUAAAUCUCGUUCGGACAACGCGCUUCACUUGGUGCCCAAAGAAAAGGCCCGUAUGUGUUUCAAGGGGGACCGUAGCCAGCACGGGCCAGGUCCUAACUCUCACUACGGACAGCCUUCCUAUGCCCACGCCAACUCGGAGUACGGUUUGCACAACCAGGCGGCGGAGAGGUUUUUACGUCUAUAUGGGGAUGAAGAUGACUGGUGCUCUACCUGCUCCUCCUCAUCAUCUGAAUCAGAGGAGGAAGGCUUUUUCUUGGGCCAGCCUAUUCCACAACCAAGACAACCUCGGUACCAAUAUUACGCUGAUGAACUUCCUUUUGGCACAAGGACAAAGUCCAAACAGAAGAGAGGACGGAAGGGCAAAAACUGUAUCAUUUCAUAGAAUUGGGAAGGAAGUUUGCAACAGUUGAUCUGCAUCUUAAUAUGCCUUUCUCAAGCUGCCUUUCUCGAGCUGUUACUUUGAAUUAGAAUACAACUUUUAUAUAUAUUGCAGUGGUCUUGCCAUGCAGUGAAGUUGAUGGCCAACACAGUAUCUAAACCAUGCUUAACUGCUGCAAUAAUGCAUGUUAGGUGAUAAGUGACUAUAGUCUUUGAAAGAACCAGAAGAAUAUAAUAUUUAUGAAGCCGCUUUUAGAGACUAAAGGAGAGAAUAAUUUAACUUUGCAAAAAUGAAUGUGUAUAUAUUGUAAAAUGUUGAGUUAAAGCUAAUAUUUUUAUAUCCCUGAGUUUCAAAAGAUUUUUUUUUUAAAGGAAAAAGUACUAAAGAACAAAGGUUUGCAGCAACUCCACUUUUGUUAAUCAGGGUUUUAAAAAUAAGUAUGUAACAUUGGUCAGCAUUGUCGCUCAAUUUGUAUUAAAACAUUGACUACAAAA